AUGUUCUUCACCCUCUCACUCAUCUCCGUCCUCGCCGCGGCGGCGCAUUCCCAGAGCUUGCGCGGGAUAGUACCGAAGGUUCCCUACCCGAAGAACAUCCUAGAAGGUGACACUGUCAAUUGCGAGAGCUGGAAGUUCGCCGUGGAGACCAAUAACAUCCGGAGCUGGACGACAAUCCCCACUAGCUGCUUGAAAUACGUCCAGGACUACAUGAACGGACCCAGGUACGCGGCGGACUGCAAUGCCGUCGCAGGAUACGCCAUCGAGUACGCGCAGAAUGUGUCGAUCUCGCACGGCUCCAGGGCUGGCAAGGACGCCUGGAUCUUCGACGUGGACGAGACGCUACUGUCUAAUCUCCCCUAUUACAAGACUGUUGGAGGAUACGGGUACGCGCCCAUUCCCUCUCCUCCUGUUUACCUUUUCCCCGAUCGACGUUACCCAAGUUCAUCGUUUAUAUUCUUAGAAUUUUUUUCAAAAAAAGAAAAUGAUCGUCCCUCUUUCUUCGACCCGAACUAGAAUGAGUUCUGGAUGUCAAAGAUAAUAUAACCUCAGAACAAAUAUUAUAGGAAAAAUGGUUUCAAUGAGUCAUCCUUCGCGCGAAGUUCAUGAUUGUGGAAGACCCCCCGACGUUACCAUUUUCUCUGUAGAUCGACUAGAACUCGUGUCAUCUGUUGUGGAUGUUUUUAUCAAUUGAUUUUUUAUGCGUCAUUUGGUGUUUUCGUUGUUAAACAAGAUAUUCGUCAUAAAUCUAAUAAUAUAAACUACCUCUCUAUUCACUUAGUUCGAUGUUCAUAAUCAAAUAAUGAGCAUUGCGGAAGAUUGAAACUGGGAAAGGAGUACCCUGAGCACGGCCUAACACGGUUCAGAGAUCUUCCCACGGGCCAAUGCAGAACUUUGGUUCUUCACAAUUUCAUGAGUUGCCUUUUAAAGAAGAUAUUGACAAGUCAUAUCCUAAAGUUUGUUUUAUUUAGAGAAAAAUGUAUAAGGCUCGAGGAAUCAGUCGAUUGAUUCUUGUAGGUCAGGAAUAUGAUUGAGAGAGAAGAUGAGAAGCUCCCCCUCGUAUAUUCUGCAAACACGGGCCGAAGCUCAGGUGCAGGAAAGCACUGGGGUAGUAGUGCUCAAUCUCAGUAGGAGCAUAAUCUGAAGUAACAACGAACAGCGUAACUCAUACUUUCCUAGUUCCAACCAUCCGAAGAACAUAAGUCGUAGGGAUGAGCUCUUGCAGGAUUCGGCAAGCUCUGCGUUCAUUCAGCGCGAGGUGCGGGGGUAUCAGGAACUCCAAUCCAGAAUUGCUGAGCGACCCGUUCACUGAUACGGAAACCAUGACCCCAUCCUUUCCGUCUUUGCUUGGGCAGGUCGAAGGUGUUCAACGAGACAUCAUUCAACGAAUGGGUGGCUAAGGCGGCAGCCCCAGCCAUACCUUCGAGCCUGAAAUUCUAUAGGCAGCUCCUGCCCCUUGGUUUCAGGGUGAUCUUCAUGACGGGACGGAGCGAGGACCAGCGCAGCUCCACCGAAAAGAAUCUCAAGGCCGCCGGAUUCGGCUUCUGGGAAAUGCUCAUUCUGAGGUGAAGUUUUCCUCAUCUUCGCAUUACCCUGUGGAAUUUGCGUGGUAUUUGCGUAGUUCGGUUGGGGAAAAAACAGAGGGAUCGAAAAAAUAUUGCUAGCCCUGAACGACGAUGAGGAUUGGCGAGAAGCCUCUGCGGCACCUAGAACAUGAGAUAGUCUUAAUCCGCCGGAAAUCCUCCCUGCCCGGGAAAAAUCGCCGGCAAUAGUUCUUAAUUCUGGCGGGUUCCCACGUUUUCUGGACAGUUCGAUAUGGGGGAGCCGUGGGUUAUUCUCAUUUAUUUGUGCGGUAGUUUGUGGACGAUGGAUGUUCUGUAACCUGGUAAUGUGGAGCAGGGGAUCUGAUGAUGAGGGCAAAACCGCGGAGCUCUACAAAUCAGAGAGGAGGGCUUGGCUGGAAUCCUCAGGAUACAAGAUUCAUGGCAAUUCUGGCGAUCAAUGGAGCGACUUGGCUUGCACGCCGCUCGCCACUCGUUCCUUCAAGCUUCCGAACCCCAUGUACUACGUGGCAUGA